AUGGUGGCUACACAAAAAUCUUUUCUCUUAUUCAUUUCACUUCAUUUGGCAUUACUAAAUUCUUGCAUUAAUUCCCUCAGUUCUUCUUCAGAGCCAACGAGCUUUAGCGUAAAGCUCGUUCGAAAAAAUAUCGCACAAAAUAAAUCGAUUUAUUAUUUUCCCAAUACAAUUAACCCUCGAAUCACCCUCACGAAUUCCCUCUACACCGUCGAAGCAAAUAUCGGCACACCAAGCACAAAAAAAACCUUUAUUUUCGACACGGGGAGCGAGCUCACAUGGACACAAUGCACACCGUGCGUCAACUGCUUCAAGCAAGAUUCUCCCCUCUUCGAUCCGAAAAAAUCGACAUCUUAUAAAAAACUCGCCCCAAACCACCCCUACGCUCGAUAUUUCAACCGAUCAAAUAACGGGGAUUCCAGCUUCCACCUACUCUACAAAACUGGAGAAUCUUCAUCGGGAAUCGUAUCGACGGAAUCUUUCAGUUUCCCUUCGGACAAAAGAGGGUCCCGCGAGAUCGUAAAAGGGCUCGUGUUUGGCUGCGCGAAUAACCAAAAGGGCAAGUUCGCGGGUUCUAUAACGGGUGUAAUGGGCAUGAACAGAUCUCCGCUCUCGUUGGUCGGACAAGUAGGGGCAAAAUUGUCACAAAAAUUCUCCUACUGCUUGCCGCCCAUCACCUCCUCUGUCAAGACAACACUAUUGAGAUUCGGAAACAACGUUAAAACGGGGAGAGGCUUACGAGAGACUAGCUUCAUAAACAACAUCGAUUACAACUACAGAGUGAAUUUGCUCGACAUAAGCAUAUCGGGGAGGCGUCUGAACCUGCCAAACGGAACCUUCACGAGAGGUUGCAUGAUAGACGUGGGGUCCACUGGGGGUUACCUUGAGACACGUGCGUACAACGAAGUUGUGAGGGUGCUGACGCGUCAUUUCGAACGGUUUAAGCUCCAGAGAGUCGACGUGCAAGGAGGGCUGCUGUGCUACCGUAUCGUGAGGGCGUUUAGGAAUUAUCCGAACAUGGUGUUUCAUUUCCAAGGAGGGGAUUUCGAGAUUGGGAAGGAGAAUUUGUUUCAUUUCUCGAGUGUUCGGUUCUGUCUGGCGAUGCAAAAGCACGACGAGAAGACUGCACUAGGUUCAUUCCAACAGCAAAAUGUUAGGUUUGUGUAUGAUAUUGGCAAUCAGAAGGUCUUGUUUGGUAAGGAGGAAUGCUUAUGGGAUAGGGGUUAAGUUGAUCGGUGUAAUCGGCUGUUUAUUUACGUCGUCUUUCGUGCGUCGUAGAUUAUUUCUUCGUGUAAUAGAGAAGUUGAAAAAC